AUGUACGACUUCCUCACGCCAGUGAUAAUGUUGCGCGACCCUGAGCUCAUCAAGUCCAUUGCCAUCACACAUUUUGACAUGUUCACGGAUCAUCGUACCUACGGGCAGAAUAAUAUGCUCCUUUUGUUUCUUCGUGGCGACAAGUGGCGGCAGAUGAGGUCUAUAGCAUCUCCGGCCUUCACGUCUAAGUUUUUCAGCGUAUUGAACAACGCUAUAAAUCAACCAAAGACGACAUGGCUGGUAAGGGUAUUCAAGCUACAAACCGUCAACGAGAAGAUCAUGAAAUUCUUUAGGAACAUCGUGGAGACCACCAUCAGGACCAGAAUCCAGAAGGACAUAGCCCGGCCGGAUAUGUUGCAACUGAUGAUGGAAUGCAGGGACAAGGAAGAAGGCAAUAGCAAGAAAAUAACAAUCGAGGAAAUGGCUGCCCUAGCUUUUAGUUUCUUCUUUGCUGGCUACGAAACUGUUUCGUCGUUAAUGUCUUUCGUCACGCACGAGAUCGCGCGAAAUGAGAACUACAGAAAAGAUUGCAGAAUGAGAUUGAUCAGCUGCUGGAAGACACGAACGGCCAACCUUCAAUAUGCGGAGAGAUUUCGAGUUGCCGCGGCGUUAACUGGGGCAAAACCCUACGUAGUGAAGAAAGGGGAUCUCUUAUGGAUACCGGUUUAUGCACUCCAUCAUGACAUCAAGUAUUUCAAGGAACCAGAAAAAUUCAAUCCUGACCGGUUCAUUGGCGAUGAGAAGAAACAUAUCGACAAAACGGGGCUUUUUUGCCGUUUGGUUUAG